AUGAGUCUUGAAGACAACGCCAUAGCCCAAAACCCAUCCUUCGCCAUACCCACUCUGCCAGUUCGUCAAUCAAGUAUGACUUGCGUCGACAUCACCCCUUCUGAUUCAUCUGCUACAGCCUUCAUCGAGGCUUGGAUUUCGCAGAUCAGUGAGGUCGGCAACGCGCACGACGUAUUCGAUAAGCCAAUCGACGAAAGCUUCGAAGUCUUCAACUUCAUGACGUCGAAGACACCUAGCCCCUCGAAGAAGCGCAAGGCCAACUCUGCAGACGCUGCACCCGAUCUCGACGCGACACCACGCCCUCCCGGGACAACUCUUUUCACGCACCGUCUCCUGGCAACUCGCUCCCUCGAUGAUUCCUCCGCCACGACCCAGAUAACGUCCGAUGCUUCAUCCGUCUCUGACACAUCGGACGCGCCCUCUGGGGCGUCCAGCCCGAAGAAGCGGGAGGGCGAGCUGCGGGAUACCUCAGACCACCCUCUUCAACGACGCAACCUCAGAGAGCGGGCCCCAACACCCCUCAUGCGCGAUCUGUUGGCUAUCGCGUCUGGCCCUGUGAUUCCUCACAGCGUUAAGGGUCGCAUGAGUCGCGACUCCGACUGGAUGAACCAACCCCAAGACGCAUGGUUCUACCCGCAAACCACAGGAACCCACGACGAAGCAGCGAUCGAGAACGAUACCUACACAUACAUGAGAGCUCGAAGAAUCGAGAAGAACACGACUUUGUGCAAGCAGACGAUGGAGCAUGAAGCGGGAUGGAAUGACAUGGUGCAUUCGCAGCUGCUGGAGCUCGCGCUCGCUGACGAGAGCGGCGUCUCGUUCCGCAACAUUGUUCUGGAUGACUUUCGCGAAACGGACGAAUUCGUCCGCAACGCCAAGGUAGACUACGCCAUAGUCCUCAACCCGGACGCCACCACGACUCUCGCAAACAGCAUCCAAUCCUACAGGCAGCCCGGUCCACGAACCCACCAUAUUGUCCACGUGAACCUGCCGGAUAGAGCCGCAACGCCAGUCACCGUCUCGAUUGAAACUAAGAGCGCCAAUGAGAAACCGUUGUCAGGCCGGGUGCAGCUCGCCACAUGGGCACGCGCUCACUUCCGGCACCUGGAGCGGCUUCCCUCUGCCGGAGUGCUGCCUAUCCUGCCGCUUGUCUUGGUGCAUGGGUCCACGUGGACCGUCGAUUUUGCUCAGUAUACGCCGGAUAACUUGGUGAGCCUCGGUUAUGUUCACUUGCAUGGCAUUUCCGCUGACGACGUGAUAGAUUGUCUGGGAUGGGUUUUCCUUGGGGUCGUCAGAUACUGUGCAUGGAUGCUACAAGAUUAUUGCUUGUCUUCGGAGGCUUGGAAGAUGGUCUAG